AAGAGGAAGCAACGAUACUAUUAGCAGCGAUCGAGCUACAAAGUGCGAAGCUCAAUAUAAAAUCGCCAACAACAAGAAGAAAAAAAAAUAUUAAAUUAAAAGAAAGAGAGAGAGAAAGAGAGAAAGAGAAAGAGAGAGAGAGAGAGAGGCAAAGACGAAGCUUGGAAGAUUGAAACCCAGUUAGUGAGGUUCGAGAUUUGUAUGUAAUUCCUGAACUUUGCGAAGUUUUCCCCAACUCACUGAUCUCUACCCCUCUACUUCAAAUUCCGAAAUUUGAAGUUCGAAGCUUUGGAAUUUGGUGAAACAAUGAGGGUUUAAAUUGGUGCAGUGAUGUAAUGUUCGCUUCGUGCUGUUCGACACAACAACCAUGGUGUUUCGGACCCGGGUUUGGUGAUUCAAACUUAGGGUUUUGAUUUGCCAUUCAAUUCAAUGAGUUAGUGGGUUCCGUUGCGGUUUGAUCUCUAGGGUUUUGUCGUCGGGAAGAUGAGAUUUGUCUUUGCAUUUUGUGGUCUGUUUGUUGGUGAAUUUGGGCUUUUUUAGGCACAAGGGUAACCGGAUUUCGCUUCAGAAUUGCAGGUUUCUCUCUGGGUUACUGUUAUUAGUAUGAUUCAAGCAUCUGUUUGUUCAGAUAUGCGCUGCUUGUAGCUAAUUGAUUUGUAUUCACUGAUAUGGGGGAGGGGGAAUUUGGUGUUCUUUGGAAACAAAAACAACUGCAAUUUGGCUCAAAUUGAGGUUGCAGGUGGGUGGGUUAUUUUCUGAUUUGUUGGGUGUUGUAUGAAUCUGUCUUGUGAGAAAUGCAACCCCAGCAGAGCUCGAGAAUUGAUUUGGGUGAAUUAAGAGUUCAAAUUAUAAAGAGGAUUGGAGCCGAUAAGUCGAAGCGGUACUUUAAUUACUUGAACAGGUUUCUGAGCCAGAAGCUGAGCAAGACUGAAUUUGAUAAGUUGUGUCUUCGAGUACUUGGGAGGGAGAAUCUUCCACUACACAACCAUUUUAUAAAGUCAAUUUUGAAGAAUGCCUGCCAAGCCAAGACCCCACCACCAAUCCAGUCAUCAGGUACCCCAAAGUCCAGAGCACAUGCUACAGACAUAUCUCCUGGUAGAGAAGAUGGGCACGAACAGAGUCCUUCCAGCUUCCAAAAUCAAAAUCAAAAUGCACACAUUUGGUCAAAUGGGGCUUUGCCAGUAUCCCCACGUAAGGUUAGGUCUGGAAUACGCGAUCGGAAGCUGAGAGAUAGACCAAGCCCCCUUGGACCAAAUGGGAAGGUCAAUUCUGUUUCUCACCAAUUCAUGGGGACAGAAGACAGUGGUAGUAAAGUUGAUAUGGAGAAUGGAGUUCUUACUCCAUGUGAUUAUCAGAGACCAAUACAGCAUCUUGAAGCCGUUGCUGAGCUACCUGAGAAUGAAAGGGCGGACUCUGUUCAGCGACCUGUAGAAAAACCAAGAAUACAUGGCAAAGGGCUGGCUGAAAUGUCAAUUGUUAAAGAUGGGGAAGAGGUGGAUCAGUUAAACCGCCUGAGUUUCUCCAGAAGUCCCUUGAUUGCACCACUUGGUAUUCCUUACUGCUCAGCAAGUGUAGGUGGGGCCCGCAAAGCAUUGCCAGUGGGUAGCACUGGUGAUUUUGAUAGUUGCUGUGGCAGUGGUAGCUUGUCCGAUAUAGAGACUCUGCGAAGGCGCAUGGAGCAGAUUGCCACAGUACAGGGUCUUGGAGAUGUUUCUAUGGAAUGUGCCAAUAUCUUGAAUAAUACGUUGGAUGUGUACUUGAAACGGUUGAUCAGGUCUUGUGUUGAAUUAGUUGGAGCUAGGUCUACAAAUGACCCGAGGCGGCCCCCUGUCCCCAAACAGCAGAUUCAGGGUAAGUUAAUCAAUGGCAUGUGGCCAAGUAAUCAUUUACACAUGCAGAGUGCUGGUGGGCUGGCAGAACCUGUGCCUGAACACAGAUCACCACACUCAGUUUCUUUGCAUGAUUUUAAAGUUGCCAUGGAGCUAAAUCCUCAGCAACUUGGAGACGAUUGGCCACUGCUGUUGGAGAAAAUAUCUAUGCAAUCGUUUGAGGAAUAACACAUUUAUGAAGAUUUGUCUUAUGUAAAAGCUCUUCCGGUUCUGAUGGAUCAGCAAUGGUUGGUGAUCAUCAGACACUCAGUUCUGUUCUUUGUGCCAGUAUGAACCAGAUGGCUCCAAAUGGAUGCUUCCUUCCCUUUCAGGAUGAAAUACUGGUUGAGCUUCAGUUUUUCGUAUCUCUGGACUCUCUGCUAUUUUGUAGGGCUUGGAUGGAUCGGAAAUUUAUUUACCUGCAACCAAGGGUACUAUCAAAUCAAACCCAGGAUUGGUUGCACUGUUGUAUGUUCUUAGCAUUGAUGUUGGCUGUAUUUGCCAUUUCUAGAGAUCUCAAGGCUUUUGUUUGCUUUACGGCCAAUGAAAAGACAACUAAGAAAGUUUUGCAGGGAUACUGUUGUGUAGCUGGGAUCAAGGAACUAUGACAUGUAUAAGAGCUACAGGGUCGCUCUGUAUGUAUUUUUAGAAUCUGAGGAUUGAUUGAAAUUCAAUAUCAAUAACACAUUAACAUCUAUUGAAAUUUCCCAGAUGAUUUCAGUUUAAUGGUUGAAUUCCCUGAUUCCAAAUUUCACCAAUACCCAAAGUAGUGUUUUUGUAUUCUAGUCCUUUUGUGUAGAUUUGUAACUUACACUGCUCUUUUAGUGCAACUUAAUUUGGUGACUGUAAUUGUUAUUUCUAAUA